AAAAGAAGAAACCGAAUAUUCACACUAUAUAUACCUGGCGAAGCUCCUUGCUUCUCUGCGCUUUGCCCAUAGCUAGUUUCUUUAUUUUCUAAUUUUUCCGUGUUUUUUUUUUUUGUUUCCUCCCUUUCUAUGAUCAGUUAAUUUGGGUUGAUAGAAUUAGGAGGCGUGCACUCCCAAUUAGGGUUUCUCUGUUAAUUGCCGCCGUUUUACGUUACCCGUCGUUACAUAUACGUUUUUAUGUAAAUUGUUUGGUUCAUUGUUCUUUCAUCUUGGGCACGAUCAAUCACAAAAUCUUGACCUGAAAAGUUGUCACCUAUAGGCAAUUGGGUGCUUUUGGUUGCAAUUAGGGUUCUGUUGUUAGUUGAUUUAUUCGGCUGGUGCAUUGCAAAAAGUUUUCUGUUGAAUCUGUUUGAAAAGAUCAGUCUAGGGUUUUGUGGGUAUUGGGAGUUUGGUGUUAGUUGAUUGAUCUAUUCGUCGAGUACAUUGCACAAAGUUUCCUUUUGAAUCUGAUAAAAGGGAUCAGUCUAGGGUUUUCUGGGUAUUUGGAUUUUCUGGGUAAUGGACAAGAAGAAGGCUUCAGCUCCGCUCGUGUGUCACGGGCAUUCUCGGCCCGUGGUUGAUUUGUUCUACAGCCCAGUUACACCGGAUGGAUAUUUUCUCAUUAGUGCCAGCAAGGAUUCCACACCUAUGCUAAGAAAUGGUGAGACAGGAGAUUGGAUCGGAACCUUUGAAGGGCACAAAGGUGCAGUGUGGAGUUGCUGCCUCGAUGUUAAUGCUCUACGUGCUGCAUCUGGGUCUGCUGAUUUUACUGCGAAGUUAUGGGAUGCAUUGACGGGGGAUGAAUUGCACUCUUUCGAGCACAAACACAUUGUCCGUGCUUGUGCCUUUUCAGAGGAUACACACCUCCUACUCACUGGUGGUGUUGAGAAAAUACUCCGCAUCUUUGAUUUAAACCGUCCAGAUGCACCUGCUAGAGAAGUUGACAAGUCUCCUGGUUCAGUAAGAACUGUUGCAUGGCUCCACAGUGACCAGACCAUACUAAGUUCGUGCAGUGAUGUUGGGGGUGUGAGGUUAUGGGACUUGAGAAGUGGAAAUAUUGUUCAAACUCUUGAGACCAAGUCCCCUGUAACCAGUGCUGAAGUGAGUCAGGAUGGCCGCUAUAUAACUACUGCAGAUGGGUCUACCGUUAAGUUUUGGGAUGCAAAUCAUUUUGGGUUGGUGAAGAGCUAUGACAUGCAUUGCAAUGUGGAAUCGGCUUCAUUGGAGCCAAAGUUUGGCAACAAGUUCAUUGCCGGAGGCGAAGACUUGUGGGUUCAUGUUUUUGACUUCCAUACUGGAGAAAAGAUUGGGUGCAAUAAGGGCCACCAUGGUCCUGUCCACUGUGUGCGAUUCUCGCCUGGAGGGGAAUCCUAUGCUUCAGGAUCAGAAGACGGAACCAUUAGAUUAUGGCAGACGGGCCCAUUGCCUCUUAGUGAGAAUGAUGCAUCCGCAAACGGGGUGACUGAGAAAUCAAACGCUGCAGCUGAUGAGGUCGCUCAUAAGAUCGAGGGCUUUCAUAUUGACAAAGAAGGGAAGGCUGGAGAGAAAGAAGAUGCAACAGAUGCCUAACCACCACCGUUAGACAUGUUUUUCUCUCUCUUAUUGGCUGAGUCGGUGACCGUGUGGGUGUGAUUUUCCUCCGGGAUGUCCUCGUCUAGAAUUACGUUGAAUUCCGAAGUUUUUUUUUUUUUUUGUACUUACUUUAUCGUCUUGUCUGUGACUAUGUUUUUUCCGGGUCCUCAUAAUAGUUACUGACGUUUAAGAAGACGGUGAUUGUAUAUGUCAAAGGAACAUGCCAGACUCGGUUAAGAAUCACAUUCAAGGGGUUCUUUUUUGGUGAAUGAUAGAUUAAUGUUUUUUGAUCAACAAA